AUGUCCUUUACACUGCAUUUACCUGUGUCCACCUCAGGGGUUUGGGCUGUGGGAGUGGAGGCUUUGCAGCUCUCAGCAGAGGAGGACACAGAUCUGGAGAUCCAGUGCACACACACUUAUGCUCAGGGAAACAUAAAAUACUUCUGCAAAGUGCCAUGCACUGACAGAGAUGUGCUAAUAAGCAGCAAACAGAAGGAGAAGAACAGCAGGUACAGCAUAAGAGACACUGGAAACACAUUCUACGUGACCAUCUCAGGCCUGACACAGGCCGACACUGGGAAGUACUGGUGUGGAGUGGAGCGAGUGGCCAAAGACACAUACAGCCAAGUGUACAUCACAGUCACACCAAAAAAAGUUGUGCACUGGCCACCAAAUGCUUCCCUGCAGAACGAAUCACUUGAUAAGCUGCUGUACAUUGGAGUGGGGCUGGGUGCUCUUCUGUGUAUAUUGUUCAUUGUUGUAACAAUAUUCAUCAAACAUAGACAUAGAAACAUCCCUAAAGCAUUUGCAGGAGACAACGUACCAAUGAAAGCCGUGCAUCACAGCUGCAUCAUCCAGGAUCCCAGCGACAUUUAUGUCAAUGUUGAAACACAUGAGAAUUACUCCUCUGUCCACUUCAGCAAACGCAGAGCGGACAGUGUCGCUCACACAGAGCCUGACCUUUCUGUGUACAGUCUGGUGAGGACAUGA